CUGGCGGGCUUUUCCAUGAGGAAACCAGUGCACGCAGUAGAAUUUCCAUGUGGAUUCUGCCUCCAAUUUUGCUUGAAAACCUUGUGGAAUCAAAGGCCCAUUGAUGUCAACAGAAGCCGGCCAAAAUGCAUUGAUGAAGUUGCUUUCCAAGAAGAGGUGGUGGCUGUGUUAAAAAAGUCUCUGGAAGGAGCUGAUCUCCCUAAUCUUCUGUUCUAUGGGCCACCCGGGACUGGAAAAACAUCCACAAUUUUGGCAGCAGCCAGAGAGCUGUAUGGGCCAGAUUUGUUUAGACAGCGUGUUCUGGAAUUAAAUGCAUCAGAUGAAAGAGGAAUUCAAGUAGUUCGUGAGAAAGUGAAAAACUUUUCUCAGCUGACAGUAGGCGGGACCCGUUCUGAUGGCAAAACAUGUCCCCCAUUUAAGAUUGUUAUUCUGGAUGAAGCAGAUUCUAUGACAUCAGCUGCACAGGCAGCAUUAAGGCGCACCAUGGAAAAAGAAUCCAAAACAACUCGAUUCUGCCUUAUUUGUAAUUAUGUCAGUAGAAUUAUUGAACCCUUAACAUCUCGAUGUUCUAAAUUUCGAUUUAAACCACUGGCUGAUGAGAUUCAAACCAAAAGAGUUCUGGAUAUCGCCAAAAAAGAAAACGUGUUAAUUACACCUGAGGCAGUAAGUCAUCUGGUUGAGGUUUCAGAAGGAGACUUGAGAAAAGCAAUCACAUUUCUACAAGCUGCCACCAGGCUUACUGCAGGAAGAGAGAUUACAGAACAAGUGGUAACAGAAAUAGCUGGGGUAAUUCCUAAGGAAACCCUAGAAACAGUCUUGGCAGCUUGCCAGAGUGGAUCCUUUGAGAAACUGGAAACUGUAGUGAAGAAUUUAAUAAAUAAUGGUCAUGCAGCAACACAACUUGUAAAUCAGCUUCAUGAUAUUAUACUUGAACGAGAAGAUUUGACUGACAGACAGAAGGCCAUCAUUACAGAGAAACUUGCAGAAGUGGACAAGUGUUUGACAGAUGGAGCAGAUGAAUACCUACAAAUGCUCAGUCUUUUUGCAGUUGUUAUGCAACAGAUGACUCAGAAUAGCUAAAUGUCACAAAUAUUGGAAACUUUUUGUAUAGUGUAUAAAUGCAAAUGUUUUGCUAAAAAAAAAUGUGUGAAAGCGUGUAAAGGUUUUUAUUUGUAUAAUGUCUAUGGGAAAACCUCUCAUAUACUGUUAUAUAAGGCUAGCUGUAUAAGUUCAUUUCUGCAUUGGUGCUCCGUUGCAUAGUCUGUUUCAGACAAACAGAGCUGGAUGAACCGUUGCACAACUGGUCCCAUUGACACCACUUGGUCCCAUUGACACCACCUGGUCCCAUUGACUUUGAAAAGGGUUUCUGCUUGGUGUCUACUUAACUCCUGCAAAAUAACAGAGGAAAAAACUGAGCUGCAGUAUUUUUUUCUUUGCUAAACCCAUUGUAGUGAUGGGACCUGAGCAAACAGAGACCCAACGCUGAUGUGAAGGAGCCCUUAGUCUAUAUAACAAAUCAUGUGCCUAAGAAUUAGAGCCCUUCAUGUCAACCUUCACGUAAGAUAUGCCUCAUGACUGUUUCUCUCCAAUGAAUGCUCUUAGCUGGACCUAUAAGUGGUUGUGUGUUUUACCCCCUGUAUCUAUCAAAUUAUUCCUGAAUUAGUUAUGUAAUCUUUAAUGCUGCAUGGUCUAUUAGCAGUUAGUCAUAGUGCUGCUUUGUUAUUGGUUAAAGCGUACCUAUCAUCUCAUCCAAAUAUUAAAAACUUAGAUGUACAUAAUCAGGGUGAGGUACUGAGUAACACAACAGUUUUAAUGUGUUUAGCCCUAUAUUUCUAAUAAAAACAGCUCACAUCAGUUGCAGCCUGUAUUGUCAUCUUCUCUCAGGCAGGGGGCAUGUCUCUCUUCUGCCCUCACUCAACUUGACUAAACUUCCUCCCUCACUGGGCAUCACUGAGUCUCAGAGCAUUCAGCCAAUCACUGCAGGUUGCUCUGUAACCCUUUCCUCUCUGGAUCGCCUUAUCCUCUCACAUGUUGCAUAUGGCUGGCUGGCAUUUUUUUGAGACACACACUCACAAUAUGAAAGAGAAGAGGAUAAUAUAACAAAAUAAAUAUAUAUGUCCUUUGCUCCUUUUACAUAUUGCACGACGCAGGGAUUUCUAGUUCGCUACACACAAUACAUAUAUAAACACACAUCUCCAUGUACAAAGAAAAAAAGUGCAUGCUUGCUCUCACCGUUCUCGUAGUAGGUAUCUUCACAGACCCUCCGUGCAGCAGGGAGACGUUAGUCUCUGAGCACCCACAUCUAACAGCCGUUUGCUUCUUCCAGCCUCAAUUGCGUCACUGCGCUAAUCUAUAUCAGGGGUGGAGCUGUCGUCAAGGUAAUGUGCAAAAGAAAAAAACUAAUCGUGUUAAAAAUAUAUAUAAAAAACCACUAUAUAAAAGGACUUUCAUGUAUUACUACACUAUGUAUUUUAGGGAAUGAAACCAUUACAAAAACGGCAUAAGGUCAGUCCUGUCAUUAAGUCCUGCGGGGCCCUGUGCUUCCACUAGUAGGAUCCAGCGAGCCUCUCAUUUGAGACUAUGCCAAUUGCCACUAGGGGGAAUUCCUACUCUCUCCAAACCACCAAAUUUCAUGGUAUCCGUGUUGCCUCCAUGUUCAUUCCGAAUGUGUCUGAGUCUUACUGUAGAUAUGCCAGUUUUAACUGAAUACAUAUGUUCCCUGAAUCUGGUUGCUAGUUGACGUUUCCUUUUUUUUUUUUUUCAAUAGAAUAUCUCUGGC